GCCCUUAAGAUGCCCGGGCCGCGGCUCGUGACUCAGCCUCGGGGCCUGCCCGCGCCCCGAACCCCGAACCCGGGACCCGGACCUGGACCCGAACCCCGGCCCAAGUCCCGGCGGGGAAGCGCCGCAGCGGACACGAGGGCCGCUCGCUCGGACCGGCCUGGCCAGGCCUGCCGGCCCUGCACCCUGGAAAGGCCACACCAUCUGUCCAUCACCCCUGGCCAUGAUGCCAGGCCUCCUGCCCUCCCUGCUGGAGCUGCCCAAGCUGGGGUGCUUGUGAAGUGGUGACUACUCUGGCUGCAGCUCCUGCUGGUGUGGAAGAUGGUACCUGGCCAGCCAGCGUGUGAACCCAAGGAGAAGCCCACAGCCGUGGCUGCACGAUGGAGGAGCCCACGCCCGAACCCGCCUACGUCGAUGUGGACAAGGGCCUGACACUUGCCUGCUUCGUCUUCCUGUGCCUCUUCCUGGUCGCGAUGAUCAUCCGCUGCGCCAAGGUCAUCGUGGACCCCUACAGCGCCAUCCCCACGUCCACCUGGGAGGAGCAGCACCUGGAUGACUGAGGAUGCCACGGACAGCGAUGGCGUGGGCGUGCCAUAGCCCAGCUGGCUGGUCCACGCAGGGUGCCCUGGUGCUGGGG